CUUCAAACCUUGAACCAGAAUUUUCUUUAUAAAAGAACAUUUGCAACCUUCAUUCCUUCCUAUAUCUCCUCUCCCUCUACAGUUCUCAAAACACCAAACAGAAAUAUGACUUUAACAUUACAUUCCUCAACUUCUUUUCUCAAUCUUAAGGACACCAAAAGUCUCAAAACUUUAGAUGACUUCUCUAGCACAAUUAGCUUUGCACAAAUCAGGCCAUCAUGUCGUCUUCGAGCAAGGAAUUCAAUGGAAGAAGCACAGCUCUCACAUGAUGACAUCUUCAUCAUGGAAAGCAUGAAGAGUAACAAGCACGAACAGCUACAUGCAAUAUCCAAUUCGCAAAGUAGCAACGACUCUAACGUACCAGUUUUUGUGAUGUUGCCACUUGACACAAUCACGCUUGGGGGAAAUCUAAACAGGCCACGAGCAAUGAAUGCUAGUUUGAUGGCCUUGAAGAACGCAGGAGCGGAAGGAGUGAUGGUUGAUGCUUGGUGGGGAUUAGUGGAAAAAGACGGACCUCUAAAGUACAACUGGGAAGGGUAUGCUGAACUUGUGCAUAUGGUGCAUAAGCAUGGUCUGAAGCUUCAAGCUGUUAUGUCCUUCCAUCAAUGUGGAGGAAAUGUCGGAGAUUCAUGCAGCAUCCCCCUUCCUCCAUGGGUGCUGGAAGAAAUCAGUAAAAAUCCUGAACUAGUCUACACGGACAGAUCAGGUAGAAGGAAUCCUGAGUACAUUUCCUUGGGUUGCGACUCAUUACCAGUUCUAAGAGGGAGAACACCCAUACAAGUUUACACUGAUUACAUGAGGAGUUUCCGCGACAGAUUUCAAGAUUACCUAGGAGACGUUAUUGUGGAAGUUCAAGUGGGCAUGGGUCCUUGUGGAGAGCUGAGAUACCCAGCCUAUCCAGAAGGCAAUGGAACAUGGAAAUUUCCUGGAAUUGGAGAAUUUCAAUGUUAUGACAAGUACAUGAAAGCUUCACUGGAAGCAUCGGCUGAAGCAAUUGGAAAUAAAGACUGGGGGCGAGGAGGACCUCAUGAUGCUGGCCACUAUAAGCAAUUUCCUGAAGAAACUGGAUUUUUUAAAAGAGAAGGAACAUGGAAAACAGAAUAUGGAAAUUUCUUCUUAGAAUGGUACUCGGGCAAGCUACUAGAACAUGGUGAUAGAAUCCUUGCAGCUGCAAAAGUAUUAUUUCAAGGAACUGGAGCAAAGCUAUCAGGAAAAGUAGCUGGAAUUCACUGGCAUUACGGAACAAGAUCCCAUGCAGCUGAACUGACAGCGGGAUACUAUAAUACUAGACACCACGACGGCUACCUACCAAUAGCAAAAAAGUUCAACAAGCAUGGUGUUGUAUUCAACUUCACCUGCAUGGAAAUGCGAGACGGAGAGCAACCUGAACAUGCAAAUUGCUCACCAGAAGGAUUAGUGUGGCAAGUCAAGAAGGCUACAAAAUCUGCUGGAGUUGAACUGGCUGGAGAAAAUGCAUUAGAGAGGUACGAUGCGGGUGGAUAUGCACAAGUUUUGGCAACAAGCAGAUCAGACUCUGGCAAUGGACUGUCAGCAUUUACAUAUUUAAGAAUGAAUAAGAAGUUAUUUGAAGGGGAAAAUUGGCGCAACCUCGUGGAGUUCAUAAAAAGCAUGUCAGAACAUGGUCAAAACAAAAGACUACCAGAAUGUGACUCCCAGGGAACAAAUCUUUAUGUUCGUUUUAUCAAAGACAAGAAUGUCACAAGGACUAAAGAAGCUGCUCUUUUAUAAACAUAUGCACAUGUCAAUGUAUAUUUGCACACAGCUCAGUAUAUUGUAGGCCAAGGAGAGAAAACAACUAGAUCAAAAAAGUUACCAUACAUAUACACUAUACCAUAUUUUUGACAUGAUGUGUCAGACAAUGAAUCAAUUGAAAAGUACAAAAAUAAGAUUAAAUGUUCAUGCGUA